AUGUUAUUAAAAAGGUCCCUUUAUUUAUAUUCACAUGCCUUCUAUCAUAUGCAUGAAUUUCAGCAAGCUUAGACUCUUAUGAAUAAUCAUGCAUUCUCAUAAGCGCAUGAUUUAUUUUUAAGAUUGAUUCAGAUUCUCAAACCUCAUGGUCGUUUGCCUAAUGACUUAUUGUCUAUGUAAUAUCACUCUUAAUCAAUUAGAUCAUAUCAAAACGCUGUAAAAAUAGGUCCAAAAUAGCAAAACGAUAUUUUGCAAUACAAACUAGACACCCUUGGAAAUGUAUUAUAAUAUAUGCAAAAUAAUCUGUAUUACAACAUGAAUCAUAAUGUGGAUCUGCUUGUUUAACAUGAGCCAUAAUUUAUUGGAAAUGUGUUGCAUUACGAAUUCAAAAGAGUUGAAGCUGUAUAACAUUAUCAAUAUGAUUAAGUAUAACCAUGCUCUAUUGAGUUCACCUGAAACAGAAGAGAAGCUAAUAUCAUUGAUUGAAUACUCAGAAGCCAGAUUUCAAAAAGGUAAGGAUAAAAAUAUGCAGAAUAAUCACUCCUCGAUUAUGCCAUUUUGAAAUGGUUGGCAUCCGGACAUGGCUACAAUCCAGUUUCAUUCAAUGCCAAUUUUGGAAUGCAAUAAGGAUAGAUACUAUUGGAUCAUUUUUUGAAUGCAGAAGCCAAGGUAGAUAAAAUGCCAUCAGUUGAGUUCUCACUCAAACUUUACAAGGCAUUGACUGAUUUCAUAAUAUCUGCCAAUGUGUAGACCUAUAAUAAAGUAAAGAAUAUUUUACACUUUAGACUAUUGUUGGCUAGGUACUAAAUAGAUUUUUAAAAUUCACAGAAAAGAAAGCCAAAAACUAGGUUCAUCAAUCAUUGAUGGGUUUGGGAUGGCUGAAUACAGUUGAAUAAAGAUAUAUGUCUGCAGAAGGGUUGUUCAGAACAAUAGAUGAUCAACUCAAAACACAUAACACGACACCUGAAAUUCAAGUAAUUACAGCUCAAUUCUGGUAUUUGAAUAUCUAAUUACUCUAAAAAUUGACAAAGAGACAAACUGAAGUGCAAAGUAAAUGAAUUAAUUUAUUCAUAGAUUAUCAACAACAACUAAAGUAAUUCAAGAUGCCUCCAGUUUAAUAGAAAGCAGUUUUAUACUGUCAUCUACCGAAUCAUCAAGUUCAUUUUUGAGUUGAUUAUAUUUUUGUAACAUAAAUUAUUU